CGGAUUUAACUUUCUUUCUCUUCCGGUUGUCGUCUGUUCGUGUGGCAGAUAAACCAGAGUCAAAAUGGCAAAGUCGAAGAACCACACAACCCACAACCAGUCUCGUAAAGCCCACAGAAAUGGCAUCAAGAAACCCAGAUCUCACCGUUAUGAGUCAUUGAAGGGGGUGGACCCCAAGUUCCUAAGGAACAUGCGUUUUGCCAAGAAGCACAACAAGAAAGGCUUGAAGGCAGCAAGGAAAGCAGCGAAGGCAGCAGCAGCAGCAGCAGCAGCAGCCGCUCCAGCAGCACCAGCCGCACCAUAAUCUGCUUUCUUGUCACACCUCCACACCUCUGUGUUUCAUAGACUGUGUUACCAUCAUAAUAAAGCAAUGCUUUGUUAACAAACACA